UCCGAUGUUUCACAUGAGUUUACCAUCUGCUGUCUCUCCGCAGUACUUCACCUGCCUCCUGCUGAUCGUCAUCGCUCAGGUAGUAGCCGGCGCCCUCAUCUACUUCCAGAAGGAGACGUUAAAUGAAAAGGUGUCAAAGGUCGUGGCCCAGGUGCUGGACAACUACUCUGGCAACAACUCGACCACGGAGCAGGCCUGGGACUUCAUCCAGAGGAAUAUGGAGUGCUGUGGCUGGAGCAGCCGUCUGGACUGGAGCGGGAACGAGGUGAUCGUCAACAGCUCCCAGCUGCUGUUUCCCUGUUCCUGCCAGAACAUCUCGGCCUUCACCGGGAACUUCUCCGACAGCAGCUUCUGUGAGGCUCAGACGCCCGACUGGCCCGUAUACGACACGGGUUGUGCUGCCAGCGUGGAGAGCUGGCUGCACACCAACCUUGGGGUCGUUCUGGGUAUCUGCCUUGGAGUGGCUCUGAUUGAGCUGGUGGGGAUGAUCUUGUCCAUCUGCCUGUGCAGGAACAUCCACACAGAGGACUACACCAAAGUGCCAAAGUACUAAAGCAGCUGACUGGAGGAAGCUAACUGGUGGAACAGAAAGAAAGAGAGGGAACCUUAAAAUAAUGCAUUUUGUUCACCAUCUUAUAUUUGGUGAAACAUUUGUCCAAAUGUAAAAUAAUUUGUUUGUUUUAUACCUUGUUAGAUUAUUCUUCUCGUGAUCAACUUCCACCUUAUUUUAUUUCUGUGACUUUUUUUUGUGCACUUUAGAGAGAGAUGCUGAAAAUGAUUUUGAUUACAUUUAUACAAGACUACAUUUGAUCAGGAACCUGUUGGUCCCGAUUAAAGCGUCUCUGUAAAUUAUCGCUUCUUGAUUUUAGUUUCCCCCAAAAAUCUGAAGAGAAAUUGCAUUUUUAUCGUCUGUAGCGUAAGAAGCUAAGCUAACAUUAGCAUGACAACUGAUUUGAACAACUGGAAAAAUCCUCUGUGUGAGGCAUGUUUUUUUGUUUUUUAUACACCAGCGUUCUGAGUUAUUGUGAAAUGUUUUUAGUCAUUUGUACAUAAUUUUAGUCAUUCUUUGUGUGAAUUUGACUCAAAAAAAGUCUGCCAGUGUUUUAUUUAGCAGCUGGUUUUUAAAAGUUGGCAGUUUUUUGUAUAUUUCUUUUCUUAAAUUUUGUCCUGGAAAUAAUAGAAAUAAUGUGGUACUAAAGAGGAAUUUAUGAUGCUUGUUUUGUGAAUGUAUCACUCAGAGUUUACAAUUGUCUUCGACAAGCAAAAACAAGAUUUUCCUUUUUUAAGAUAGCUUUAAGUUUAUAUUUGACCUAAAAUAGAUCCAGUUUAAGGAGUGAAAUGUUUUUUUUUUAACUGUUUUUGAAAUAUAUGAACUUAAAUGUGGAAAGGGGAUACAAUUAUUUAGGCAGAAGAAAUAUUUUUAGCAAAGAUCCGUCUUGGAAAUUUGUUUAUACAGAAAAAUCUUUUGAAAUUCCUUUAUGUAAACUUUUUCAUUCUCAUCCAAGAUGUGGUGUUUUUAUAAUGUACAAAUCCAGUUCCUGGUUUCUUUUUAUGUACAGUCAGUAUGAAAAACAACCCAUUAACCUUUAUAAUAGUUUCUUAGACGGAAAGGGGACGUAUGUUUGUAACUAGAUGGACUUUUGGUAGCUUGAUACGCAAGUGUGUACUCACAACAUUCAUCCUUUCAUUUGACCAAUAAACUGAUUACAGUG